AUGAAUUCACUCUUCUUUCUCACCAUCUUCUUGGUUUUCAUCUUCCAAACCUCUGUAACUGGUGUUGACAUUCACUAUCCCUUCACCACCCUUUCUGGUUUCGACCUUUUUCACAAAGACAACAUCACCACCAUCCAUUUUCCAUCCUACGGCGAUCUGACAGUCAAGUCCAUCUCCUAUGACAGGAGAAAGAUUGAUCUUCUUGAUCCAAAGAACUGUGUCCCCAGAGUCUUUCUCAACCUCAACCUCACCCUCACUCCGUUUCAAUACUAUUACGUUCUUCAAAACUAUACCUACCUCAAUUGCUCCACUACACUUCCACAUACAAAUUUCAUGGAAGUUCCAUGUUUAAGCGAUUCAAACUCUCAUGUUUAUACAGUUGACCCUCAAGUUUCUAUUCCUAGUUCAUGUAAAAGAGUCAAAACAGUUGCUAUUCCUUUCAAAUAUAGUCCUUAUAUUUCAGAUAACAGUCUUGGUCUUAGAUUAACAUGGAAGUUACGUGAGCCUGAAGAAAUCAAACAAGGAAACAAGACUAGAGAUUCUUACACAGCACGCAAUACUGUUUUUGGCCUUAGCAUCUGUUUUGUGGUGAUGGCAACAAUUGUAGGCAUCAUAAAGGUUCAUCUGUUUACGAAGAAUUUACAUAAGAAAGAAGAACAGUUGUUGGGAGAUUUCUAG